UAUUAUAUUGAUGAUUUUUGCCCCUAAUUAAAACGAAAAAAGAUGCGCUGCGUCCGUCUCACCAUCCCUCUGCUUCAUCUCUCUGCAGUUUCCAACGCUGCUAAUAAGCUUCCAUUGUUAUCCUUUUUCCAACCUUAUUCAUACAACACACGGAAACGAAUGGAUUCUCAGAUGCAUAAAAAUCAACCAGGAGGAGCUUCAUCAACAUUUUGCACUAUGAGCAACAAAGAUCUGUCAACAAAGAAAUGUGUACCUUGCAAUACAAAGGACUUGCAACCAAUGACUGAGGAUGCAGCACAUGCUCUAAUUCCACAGGUUUCCGAGUGGAAUUUGGUAAAAGAAGGCACUACACUGAAACUGAGGAGGUCAUGGAAAGUAAAAACUUUUACUAAAGGAUUGGAAUUUUUCAAGAUAAUAGCUGAGAUUGCUGAAGCAGAAGGUCAUCAUCCUGAUCUUCACCUUGUUGGCUGGAAUAAUGUUACUAUUGAGAUUUGGACUCAUUCUGCUGGUGGGCUGACAGAGAAUGACUUCAUACUUGCUGCUAAGAUCAAUGAGCUGAAUUUGCAUGACUUACUAAGACGGAAAGCUUCUGACUGAAUUAUCGGGGUGAAGAGGACAUCUUAGACAUCCUAGUGUUAAUUAAGACUUUUUUUUCUUAAACAAGUUUUGGCAAGACUUUAUCAUCUCUAGAUUUGGUGAUAUUAUUGUUUUUCAUGCUAGUAGAACCUCAUCACAUGCAUCCGUGUUAAGCAGAGUUUAAGUUUGUAUAAUAAUCCACUGGAGUGAAAAGCCCACUGGAUUAGAGAAUGACUCUAUAUGUAUUGUUUGGGAUUUCGGGAUAUACGAAAGAAAUGCAUUCUUUGAA